AAUCUCACAUCCCCUCCAGAUCUAACCCACAAAAAAGGAAGAAAGAAAGAACACAACCCCUCUCCCUCUUUACUUUAGUUCACACGCUAGAGAGUAGAGACUGCUUCUCUCCCUACAUGUAAAAUCAAUUAAAAUUCAUUCAACAAUGAGAGUAUCUACCCCCUCCGUCACCGACGAACGCGCCGCCACGCUAAGCGGCGGAGGCUACCGAGACGCCGAAUCACUGUUCCGUACCAAAGCAAUCCCCGAAAUUCGCAAUGUCGAAUCGGAAACGCGACAACAAAUCGAAGAAAAGAAAGAAGAGCUUCGUCAAUUAGUCGGUAACCGAUAUCGUGACCUAAUUGAUUCGGCCGAUUCUAUCGUUCACAUGAAAUCCUAUUGCGAAUCAAUCUCUCGCAAUAUCGCGUCGAUUCACACCAACAUUCGCUCUCUUUCCGCUUCUCCGUUAUCAGAAACCCCCAAAUUCACAAGCCCUAACUCUACUCGUGGUGACAGCUAUGGGAUCGCAUGUCGGGUCAAGUAUUUAGUUGAUACCCCGGAGAAUAUCUGGGGAUGUUUGGACGAAUUUAUGUUUUUGGAGGCAGCAGGGAGGUAUACACGUGCAAAACACGUACAGAGUAAGUUGAUGAAUAGGGAUUAUAAUAAGAUCUUGUUGAAUUUUCCACUCUUGCAGCAUCAAUGGCAGAUUGUGGAGAGUUUUAAAGCGCAGAUUUCGCAGAAGAGUCGCGAGAGGUUGUCAGAUCAAGUAUUGGAAAUUGGGGGCUAUGCGGAUGCGUUGGCUGCGGCUGCAGUGAUUGAUGAAUUGGAGCCUGAUCAGGUAUUGUGUUUGUUUCUUGAUAGUAGAAAGUCGUGGAUUUUGCAAAAAUUAGGGGGUUUUGGUGGGGUUGAUGUAAAAAAUGAUAUUGUCAGUGGUGAGGUUGUCGUUUUUGUGUUUUGUGAAGUGUUAAAGAUAAUUCAAGUUAGUGUGGGACAAGUAGGGGAGUUGUUUUUGCAAGUUUUGAAUGAUAUGCCUUUGUUUUAUAAAGUUAUUUUGAGUUCUCCUCCCGCUUCCCAAUUGUUUGGGGGGAUUCCGAAUCCGGAUGAGGAAGUGAGAUUGUGGAAACUGUUUAGGGAAAAGCUCGAGUCUGUGAAUGCUGCUCUCGAUAAAGAAUAUAUUGCCAGGACUUGUAUGAGUUGGUUGAGGGAUUGUGGUGGACAGAUUGUGAGUAAGAUUAAUGGGAAGUUCUUGAUUGAUGCGAUUGCUACUGGUGGAGAGCUUGCAGUGGCCGAGAAGAUGAUCAGGGAGACUAUGGAUAGUAAGCAAGUAUUGGAGGGAAGUUUGGAGUGGCUCAAGAGUGUUUUCGGGUCUGAGAUUGAGUUGCCUUGGAGCAGGAUUCGAGAGUUAGUUUUAGAAGAUGACUCAGAUCUCUGGGAUGAGAUAUUUGAAGGUGCUUUUGUUCAGAGGAUGAAAACUAUUAUCAUAUCACGAUUUGAGGAUUUGGUCAGAGCUAUCAAUUUGGGAGAGUCCAUUUGUGCAACUGGGGAGACUCCUGGUGAACAGAUUGACUUUCAGGCAUACUUGAACAGACCAUCCACAGGAGGUGGGGUUUGGUUUAUUGAACCCAAUACAAAGAAGUCUGGUCUAGGUCUUGGUCAUAAAGCAUCGCCUGAAGAAAAUGAUUUUCAUAGUUGUCUUAGUGCAUACUUUGCUCCUGAAGUCAGUCGAAUCAGAGAUGCAGUGGACAGCUGUUGUCAAAGUGUUCUUGAGGACCUGCUCAGUUUCUUAGAAUCUCCAAAGGCAGCUCUCAGGAUAAAGGAUUUGGCACCAUUUUUACAGGACAAGUGUUAUGAGAGCAUUUCAACCAUAUUGACAGAACUCAAGAGGGAGCUUGAUAGUUUAUAUGCUGCAAUGGGGAAUGCCAACAAUGUUGGACAGCGUGUGCCUCCUGCCAUAGUUGUUGAGAAAUCUCUUUACAUUGGGCGACUCUUGUUUGCAUUUCAAAACCACUCAAAACACAUUCCAGUGAUACUGGGCUCUCCAAGGUUUUGGGCCAAAGAUACCAUGGCUGCAGUUUUUGAUAAGUUACCAUCGGUAUUGAGGCAAUCUAGAUUUGCGAAUGAGUAUCCUAUCCCUGACAGUCCUGGCAGGCAAUCUCCCACCAGCUCUAAAAGACAGAGCUCAUCUGCCACUGCUGCUUUGCGUGGAGCAAAUGAAAGUGCAAGCCCUAAACUUGAAGAAUUAGGCAGGAUCAUGAAGGAUCUUUGCAUCAGAGCUCACAAUUUAUGGAUAUCCUGGUUAUCUGAUGAGCUUUCAGCCAUUCUUGCUCGGGAUCUUGGAAAAGAUGAUGGAUUAUCGGCAACAACUCCCUUGAGGGGCUGGGAAGAGACAGUAGUCAAGCAAGAACAAUCUGAUGAGAGUCAAGCUGAAAUGAAAAUUUCACUCCCAUCCAUGCCUUCACUCUAUAUCAUCUCUUUUCUGUUUCGGGCAUGUGAAGAAAUCCAUAGAAUUGGAGGUCAUGUACUUGACAAAUCAAUUCUGCAAAAAUUUGCUUCAAGCCUAUUGGAGAAGGUUAUUGAAAUUUAUGAGGACUUCCUUUCCUCAAGAGAGUCUCAUCAGUCUCAAGUGUCAGAGAAAGGAGUUCUUCAAAUUCUAUUAGACCUAAGAUUUGCUGCUGAUGUUCUCUCUGGUGGCGAUUGUAAUAUUAAUGAGGAGAUAUCUAGAAAUCCAAAGGUGAAAGUUCCUUUCAGACGGAAGCAGGAGCAAAGCCAGAUGAAAUCAGUCUCUAGAGAGCGUAUUGAUGGGUUAAUCAAUCGUUUUUCACAGAGACUUGAUCCCAUAGAUUGGCUUACGUAUGAGCCAUACCUGUGGGAGAAUGAGAGGCAGUCAUACUUACGGCAUGCUGUCCUUUUUGGGUUCUUUGUUCAGCUAAACCGGAUGUACACUGAUACAAUGCAGAAACUACCUUCUAAUCCAGAGUCAAAUAUCAUGAGAUGCUCUACUGUUCCUCGCUUUAAAUACCUUCCAAUAAGUGCGCCAGCAUUGUCUUCAAGAGGGACAACAAAGACAUCCAUUCAAAGAACUGCAGAUGAUAUUUCUUCAAGAAGUUCUUGGAAAGCUUAUACCAAGGGAGAGCUUUCUCGAAAUAUUGAUUUGGAUGAAAACACUAGUUUUGGUGUAGCAGCACCCAUUUUGAAGUCUUUCAUGCAGGUCGGAAGCAGGUUUGGAGAGAGCACCUUAAAAUUGGGAUCUAUGUUAACUGAUGGGCAAGUAGGCAUAUUCAAAGACAGAUCAGCAGCUGCCAUGUCAACAUUUGGUGAUAUUUUACCCGUCCAAGCAGCUGGCCUUCUUUCAUCAUUUACAGCUACCAGAUCAGACUCUUGAUUUCCCACUGAACCCUGAAAGUGCUGCUUCGUAUUUAGCUGCACAUUUUGUUUCAGUGGUAAGAACAGGUGGCAAUUUCACGAUUGUGGGUGGGAUAUGAUGCAGGAAUUCAAGUUAUCUCUAACCCAAGUGCAAAGGUUAUGCAUGUCAUGUAUUGAUACGAAAUGGAAAUUUUCGGAGGUGAAGUGAGUACGGAGUGAAACUGUUGUAAAAGUGGAUUUGUGAAGAAAAGGAGAAGCAUCCGGAAGUUUAAAUAGAUCCAGCGGAGAUCAAAAGAAAGUAUUGUGUUUGCCAGUCCAUACUGUAGAAAGAAACCAAUAAAACUCAGCAGGGUAUGAAGAAAUGUGAUUGGUUUAUACAUGAUGUUAUUUUGUAUAUAGAGACCGUUGCCUCUCUAGACGGUUGGCUUCAUCAAUGCCACAGAAAAGGAGGUGAAGCUUUAUACAUGCUGCUGGGGUUCCCGAGCGUGUAAAGCAGAAUAUCGAGCAAUGUAGUCUUACAUGGUUUGUGUUUCUGGCUUCAGAGUUUCUCUCUAGUGAAGUCGGUUCAUAAAGCAGAAAUUGCACUGGACUGUCCCAAUAGAUUUUGUAUUUGUUUAAUGGAUCUCUUUUUCAACUGAAAUAAACAGUAUAGAAUAUUGGUUUUCAAGAUGAAAAGUGUUUAGUUUUGUGGUAGAAAAUCUAUAUAUAUAUCUGUGUUGCCUUCUAA